GUCAAUGCCUCUAGUAGUAGAAGUAAAGGUACACACAGACACGAAAGCAAGAAACAACUUUACCCAGCAAUUUUGUGAGAACACCACAGAAGAUUAGAUAAAUCUUCCAUGGGAUUCAAGAUCCGGAGAAGAUUCAGAUUUAUAUUUUAUUGUAAUUCAUCAACCUCUCGUCAUCUCUUCUCCAUUCAGAAUCGCGUUUGAAGACUCUAUCCCUCAGCAACCUCUAUUUUUUUUCCCCCUUAAGGAAACCAUUGAACUAUGUGGUUUUUGGGAUAUGGGUUUCAUCUUAGCAUCUCUCGAGGUCUUCGAUUUCGUGAACUUCUGAUAAUUCGACGGUGAAGGGGGAAAUUGCUGGAGAGGUUAGGGUCGGGGUUGGGUUUGUGCAUGAUGAGGCUGAGUAAUCGUAUAGGUUAAUUGGGAUUUUAGGGAUAUUGAAGGAAAUCGCUAGACGAUUCUCUGAUGAGAAAUGGGGGAGAAUGCAAUUGGAAAUUCAAGGGCAGAUGCGGCGGCUAUGCACACGGCAAUGAAUGCUGUGCAAGCUCUAGGGAGAGGAUUCGAUGUGAACUUCGAUACGAGGUUGCUGUACUGCAAAGGAGUAGUGGGUUCUAGGGUGGUCCAGAUUGACGAGGAACAUACUAAAAAUCUCUUUUUGUAUGAUGAUAUUGAGCUGGCCAAUGUUUCCAGAGACAUCAACAAGUCUUCCGAUCCUAAGACUCGCCAGAGUUCUGGUGUUUGCACUUUCUAUGAGAUGGUGGAGUACUUUAAUCAAAAGGCUAAUAUAUCUGGAGUUUUACCCUUGGGCAGCUUCAAUUCUGCAUUUAGCUUUACUGGUUCGAAGCAUAUUGAUGCUGCAUCUACGAAGACCCUCUCUAUGGACGGAUUUUAUAUUCCGCUUGUAAAGGUCCAACUUAUGAAAUCCCCAUUAGUGUUGCAGGAUAAUGUUAAACAGGCUGUCCCAAAUUUUUGGGACCCUGCAUCCUUGGCAAGCUUCAUUGAAAACUUUGGAACCCAUGUUAUCACUUCAGUGACUAUUGGUGGUAAGGAUAUGAUAUAUGUUAAACAACAUCAAUCAUCCCCUUUGUCAACCAUGGAGAUUAAAAACUAUGUUCAGGAUAUUGGAAAUCAGAGGUUCUUUGACACGGAAAGUCAUACAAGUUCAGGUCCUAUGAAAAUCAAGGAUAAGGGUGGUGAUUCUGGCAUAUUUAACAGCCAAGGGAUAUAUCCACAACCCACAAGUGCUCCAUAUCUUACUGGGAAAGAAGAUGUUACAAUAAUUUUUCGGAGGAGGGGAGGAGAUGACUUGGAACAAAACCACAGCCGCUGGGAAAGAACUGUGAGAUACUCUCCAGAUGUCAUUGAAAUGACUUUUGUUCCUAUCACUGAUCUCCUUAAUGGGGCACCUGGAAAAGAGCAUCUGACACGUGCAAUCGGUUUAUACCUUGAAUACAAGCCCCCGAUUGAAGAGCUGAGAUAUUUUCUGGAGUUUCAGAUUCCUCGAGUAUGGGCUCCUGUACAGGAAAAUAUUCCUGGCCACCAAAGAAAGGAACCUGUUUGCCCAUCUUUGCAAUUCAGCAUGAUGGGGCCAAAGCUCUAUGUAAGCCAGGAGCAGAUAUCAGUUGGAAAAAAGCCUGUGACAGGCAUGCGCUUAUCUCUAGAAGGAGCCAAGCAGAAUCGGCUGUGUAUUCAUAUUGAACACGUAGCAUCCCUUCCUAAAAUCCUUCUUCCAUAUUGGGACACCCAUGUUCCAAUUGGUGCUCCUAAAUGGCAGGGACCUGAGGAGCAGGAUAGUCGAUGGUUUGAGCCAGUGAAAUGGAAGAAUUUCUCUCAUGUAAGCACUGCACCAGUGGAGAAUCCUGAAAGCUUUAUAGGUGAUUUCUCUGGAGUGUACAUAGUCACAGGAGCUCAACUUGGAGUGUGGGACUUUGGGUCAAGAAAUGUUCUAUACAUGAAACUCCUCUAUUCCAGACUACCUGGUUGCACAAUACGAAGAUCUCUGUGGGAUCAUGCCCCUAAUGACAAGUCAAAGAAAGUCCCUUCUGUAAAUAAUACCAACCCUGGGGGCUCAAGUUCAGGUUUAACAGAAAACACUGUGGGCAAGAAGUUGGCGAAGUUUAUUGAUGUGUCUGAGAUGAGCAAGGGGCCACAAGAUCCUCCAGGCCAUUGGUUGGUUACUGGAGGAAAGCUCGGCGUGGAGAAAGGUAAAAUUGUUUUGAGAAUGAAAUAUUCAUUGCUGAAUUACUGAGCUCACUGUUGUGGUUUGUAUGAUGAUUUGCAAUGUUAUAUUGUAGAGGAUGUGCUUUUGAUGCAUAUGGAUUCAUGUUAUCUUCCAUAUAAACCACUGAAAGUAUGUGAGGUGGCUUGAGAGGAUGUGUAAGUAGGUGUUUUUUGGAGUGGGGUUUUUCCCAAUUUCAGAGGCCAAUUCUGUUUUCUCUGUUAUCUGUGAAUUAUGUAGAGAAAUUUAACUUCUCGGUAUUAAGUGAUGAAAGGAUGUAGAAAGAGUUUGCCUUCCAAUGUGAUUAUUUUAUAUAUUUAUAAUACAGAUUCAGGAUUUUUUGUUUUUCCA